AACCGCGUCUCCCCCUCCCUCACGCCACACCCCUUCUCUCCCUUUCCCUCUCUUCCCACCGGAAGGAAAGGCAGAGGGGGGGAAAAGAGGAUCUUUCUUCCCUCGCGCCUCGUAUGGAUCCGCCGGGCUCCGGACUCCCGACGCGGGGCUUUCCUGGCUCGAUCGGUCGCCGCCCGACAUGGAGACGGUGCUGGUGCUAGUACUGGUGCCGCGGAGUUGUGGGUUUGCUGCCCCUUCGUGAGUUUGUUCGCACGGUCUUGCGGACCGACUCAUCUUGAUGCCUGCCAAAGCAGGACGGAUGGCAGAACGGUGCAGGCGAGUCAAUUUGUUCAGUGGCGAAUCAAGAAGUGAUGCCUCGAAUUGCUGUAAAAAAAGUUAUCAACAACACAACACACCUGCUCAAAUGCGGGUCUGAAUGAAGCCUGCUUGGUAGAGCCGAUGGUGGGAGCAGUGCUGCGCAGGAUCCCCUCCCUGUGGGUCCCCCUGUUCCUCUCCUCAUUGCUUCUCUCACUGUCUGUAGCGUCCGUCGAUUUCAGCCACUGCGGUGGCUGCGACGACGCCGAAGACGGUAGCCUAUGGAGCACGGACAACAUCUUGCAAUGCCAGAAGGUCAGCGACUUCCUCAUCGCCACGGCCUACUUCUCCAUCCCGCUCGAGCUGCUCUACUUCGCCACCUGCUCCGACCUCUUCCCCCUGAAAUGGAUCGUCCUGCAGUUCGGCGCCUUCAUCGUGCUCUGUGGGCUCACGCACCUCAUCACGGUGUUCGCGUACGAGCCGCACUCGUUCCAUCUAGUGCUCGCCCUCACGGUUGCUAAGUUCUUGACAGCCCUCGUCUCGUUCGCGACGGCAAUCACGCUGUUGACGCUGAUACCACAGCUGUUGAGGGUGAAGGUGAGGGAGAACUUCCUGAUUAUCAAGGCACGAGAGCUGGACCGGGAGGUGGGGAUGAUGAAGAGACAAGAGGAGGCAAGCUGGCAUGUGCGGAUGCUCACGCUGGAGAUUCGCAAGUCACUUGACAGGCACACAAUCCUGUACACCACCAUGGUUGAACUCUCCAAGACACUGGAGCUGCAGAAUUGUGCUGUCUGGAUGCUGAAUGAGAGUAGGAGUGAGAUGAUAUUGACACAUCAGUUGAGAGAAAGGGAUAUAAUGGAGCCACACAACCGCACAAUUCCAGUUGAUGACCCAGAUGUGGUUGAAAUAAAGGCAACAAAGGAUGCGAAAGUUCUUGGGCCAGAGUCAUCACUAGGAGUUGCAAGCCGAAGCAAGCUUGAAUCAGGACCUGUGGCUGCAAUAAGGAUGCCAAUGUUAAAGGUGUCCAAUUUCAAAGGAGGGACUCCAGAAGUGAUGGAAACGAGUUAUGCUAUUUUGGUUCUGGUUUUACCUAAUGAUGGUUCAUUAGGGUGGGGUCCAAGGGAGUUGGAGAUUGUUCAAGUAGUUGCUGAUCAAGUUGCAGUCGCUCUAUCACAUGCUGCGCUUCUGGAGGAGUCUCAGUUGAUGCGAGAAAAGCUCGCUGAGCAAAACAGAGAUUUGCUACGGGCGAAGCAUGAAGCUGUGAUGGCAGCGCAAGCUAGGAAUUCCUUCCAGAGUGCCAUCUAUGACGGAAUGCGAAAGCCAAUGCACUCGAUCCUGGGUCUCGUCUCAAUGAUGCAACAAGAAACUAUGAAUCCAGAGCAAAGGCUUGUAAUGGAUGCCAUCGCCAAGACAAGCAGUGUUGCAUCAACAUUGAUGAAUGAUGUGAUGCAAACAUCAACAAUGAAUCAUGAGUAUUUGUCUCUGGUGAGGAGGCCGUUCAACCUUCAUUCCUUUAUUAAAGAAGCAGUCAGUGUUGUCAGAUGUCUAACUGGUUGCAAGAGUGUUGAUUUUGAGUUUCAAGUGGAUAAUUCUUUGCCCGAAAGGAUCAUUGGUGAUGAGAAGAGGGUUUUCCAUAUUGUCUUGCACAUGGUAGGUACUCUAAUGAACCGAUGUAAUGCCAGAUGUCUCUCAUUAUAUGCCAAUAAUCAUAAUGAGGUUGAAGAGAGGCAUAAUCAGGAUUGGAUGCUGCGAAGAGCAAACUUCUCUGGUGGCUAUGUAUGUGUCAAGUUUGAGAUCAGGAUUAGAAAAUCCAAAGACAAUGUUUUGAGUUCAUCAAGCAGUCAGAUAAGUCAAGGGUCCAAACACAACGAUUCUGAGAUGGGGCUUAGCUUCAAUAUGUGCAAGAAGAUUGUGCAGAUGAUGAAUGGUAACAUUUGGUCUCUAUCAGAUUCUGAAAGCAUCGGAGAAACUAUCAUGCUCGUCCUCCAGUUCCAGCUGCAACCUGUGACCCCGGUCUCUGGAGCAUCCACAGACUUGUACCGAUCAUCAUCAAUUCCCAACUUUAAUGGACUCAGAGUCCUUCUUGCGGACAGUGAUGACACCAACCGAGCUGUCACUCACAAGCUCCUGGAGAAGCUUGGUUGCCGAGUCGUUUCGUUCACUUCUGGUAUCCAAUGCAUGAACUCCUUUGCCAGUGCUGAAUCGUCUUUUCAGCUGGUGAUUCUUGACCUUGCCAUGCAAACGAUGGAUGGAUUUGAAGUCGCUUUCACGAUCAGGAAGUUCAGGAGCAACAGCUGGCUGCCGUUAAUUGUUGCCCUUGCAGCAAGAACAGAUGACACCAUCCGGGAUCGAUGCCAGAGGUCAGGAAUAAACGGCCUGAUUCAGAAACCAGUCACAUUAGCCGCACUGGGAGAUGAACUCUAUAGGGUCCUUCAGAACAAUUAAAAGAGCCUGAUGGUUCUCAUUUCUUUCAAUCUCAACAGAUUUCUGUAGCUUGAUUAAUAGUUACUCUGCUGCUAGUUUCUGCCAGGCUUGGUCCAUACAAUCACGAAACAUUUCUCACAAAGGAAAUUGUAUAGGAAGAUGAAAACGUCCUGCCUUUUGCUUGGUUCUUUGGUGAAGGAAAGAAAUGCACGAUUUUUUGAAGAGAUAAUACAGGUAGAAUUUAGACUUA